AUUCAAAAUCAUACUUUUGUUUACAUUUGUUUCUUUCUUAAUUUUUAAUUUUUCAAUUUUUGUUUCGUUUUAAUUAGUUUUGUUCAAAUUAUUAUUUUAUCUAUCUAGCUAAGUAUUAAAUCAAAAUGAGUUACACAAAUCGAAUUGUCCUUUUAAUCGAUAUGGAUUGUUUUUAUUGUCAAGUAGAAGAGAAUUUGGAUCCGAAUUUAAAAGGAAAACCUUUGGCUGUGGUGCAAUACAAUCAAUGGAGAGGAGGAGGAAUAAUUGCUGUAAAUUACCCAGCUAGAGAACGUGGGGUGACGAGGCAUAUGAGAGGCAAUGACGCUAAAGAAAAAUGUCCUGAAAUUAUUUUGGCCAAAGUGCCUCAAGUGAGAGGAAAAGCUGAUUUGUCGAAGUACCGGGAUGCAGGAAAAAGAGUAGCCGCAGUCCUACAAUCAUUCACUCCAUUAUUAGAAAGAGCUUCUGUAGAUGAAGCUUACCUGGACAUAACCGAUCUUGUUGAAAAAAGAAUUCAAGACCAAAAUGACCAAAUAAACGUAGACAGUCUACCAAAUACAUAUAUUGUUGGCAGUUCCAUAGAGGAUUUUGUGGAAAAUGUUACUCAGAAUAAAGCAUUUGAUGAAACGAAUCUCAAGUUGGCCCUAGGAGGUGUAAUUUGUGAAGAAAUUCGAGCUGAAGUUUUCAAAAUCACUGGCUAUAGGUGUUCUGCAGGGAUUGCACAUAAUAAAAUCCUUGCUAAGUUAGUAUGCGGCCUGCACAAGCCGAAUAAACAAACAAUUUUACCUCAAGAGGCUGUACCUGAAUUAUAUCAAAAUUUACGCAUAAAGAAAAUUACUGGUUUAGGAGGCAAAUUUGGCAACAACGUUGUUGAGAAACUUAAUAUUGAAUUUAUGGGAGAACUUUCAAAGUUUACUCAAAGAGAAUUGGCAAAACAUUUUGAUGAAAAGUCUGCCAGUUUUUUAUAUCAAAUUGCAAGAGGAAUUGAUAGUGAACCAGUAAACACAAGACUUAUAGCAAAAUCAAUUGGUUGUUCUAAAAAUUUUCCUGGAAAAACUGCUUUGUGUACCAAAGAAGAUAUCGAACAUUGGCUUGAUGAGAUGGCCGAUGAAAUCUUUGAAAGAUUGGAAAAAGAUUUUGAAGAAAAUAAUCGGAAAGCGAAACAAAUGGUUGUAAGCUUUGCACAAGACGAAAUAAGUAGCAGCAAAACUCAUCCAUUAAAUUCAUAUGAGAAACAUAAAAUAUUUGAAAACGCUUUUAAGAUAAUUCAGAAAAAUUGCAUGAAAGACAAUGGAUCUUAUAAAGUUACUUUUCUGGGUAUUAGUGCUGGGAAUUUUCAAGAUCAUAAAAAGGUGAAUGAAAUUACAUCGUUUUUUAAAAAUAUGGAAAAUAGAGUAAAGAAAAAUACUAGUGAAACCCUCGAUAAAAAAAAUUCAAGCAAAGAAUCAAUAUAUUCGAAUACAACCUUGGAGAGUGAUAUUGAUGAUAAUAAUUUAAUUUUCUAUGAACAAAUGCAUCCUGACUCAAUUUCGGAUCAAAACUUUGAAGUUGAGAGUUCAUCAGAUGACUCAAUUUCUGGCGACAUUGGUGGUGUCUUACCAGAUUUACAAUCUCCAAAAGUUCCAGCAGCACAAUCAUUUUUCAGUAAAUAUUUUAGCGGAAACUCAAAUAGGAACUUCAAUACUUCUAAAGCUUUAGGUAAUAACAAUGAUGAUAAUAAUUUUGAAGAUGAUCAACAAAUUAUGGAUUUAAGUAAUGAAGAAAUAGAAAAUAGUGAUCUUAAUAAAGGCAUUAAAUGUCCUCAAUGUGGAAAAAUUUUGAAAAAUACUGAAUAUCAGUCACAUUUAGAAUAUCAUUUUGCUAUUGGUGUUAAUAAGGACAAAGCUCAUCAGGGUAAUAUUAAUAUUGAAGAUUAUCAUGAUAAAGAAAUGGUUUUGACUAAUGAAGAAACUAAUUGUGGCAUGAAAUGUCCUCAAUGCAGCAAAAUAGUGAAAGAUUUUGAAUACCAGUCACAUUUGGAUUAUCAUUUUGCUAUUAGUAUUGUUAAAGAUGAAGCUCAUUUGUACAAAAAUAAACCCGAGCCUAAAAAAACCACUUCUCCGCCUACAAAUACUAAAACUGUAACGAAAAAAAGGAAAAAAGAAGCUUCAGGUAACCAUAAACCUAUAGGGGAAUAUUUUAAAAAUUGUACCAAAAAUAAAAAUCAGGAAUCAUUGACGGAUAUCUGUAAUGAAUGCAAUAAACAGAUUCCAGUAAGUGAACAAAAAAUUCAUUUCGAUUAUCAUGCUGCCAGAAAGUUGCAUUUGGAAAUUAAUGUAGCGCAACGAAAAAUUCCAGAAAAAGGACAGAAAAGCAAGCAGCAACGUACAGUGGCCACACAGAAAAAUUUAAUGGGGUUUUUGAAGACUUCUUAGCAAUUUUUAGUGUUUUUAAUUUUAUUUUAAUUAUUGUGAUAAUGCUUGCUAUAUUUUUUUUAACUUCAAUAAAAGUUUUGAAUACGUUUUAGUUUGCCUUUGUUAAAUUAUUCUUAUAUACUAUAUCUUCUAUUGUUGCAAUCCUCUGAUGAGA